AUGGAUCUUGAAGAAAGAAGAAGCGGAACGGAGAAGAGCUUGAUUGGCGUUAGAACCGCAGCAAAUCCAUGCAUAUUCAGUGCCAAGGGGCGCAUUGAACUGCAAAAGCUCAGCAACGUAGUGAUCUCUUCAGAGAAUGUUGUUGAAUCACAAAGGUUGAGCAAUGCAUGUAAUGUGCUUGAUAGAAUGCCCGAACGAAUUAGCUUCUCAACUCUGGAGUUCGAUUGCAGUGAAUGCAUGGAAGAAGUUGAAUUGGGUAUUGGAGAAAGAAGAUGUUUUGCAGAUAUUAAUACUCCUGAUGAUUGUCUGGGAGGGUGCUGUGUGGAUGGCGUGCCAGAUUUGUGUUCUUCUGCAAGCAAUGUGAUCGAUAGGCACCAUGCGACCAUUUUUCUGAGUUUCUGUAGUGGGGAAGGAUGUCUUGAACUUGGCAAGAUAUGCCAUGGCUUAGUCAUAAAGAAUGGACUGUGUGGCGACAAGUUUGUGUGUACCAGCCUUGUUAAUAUGUAUGCAAAAUGUAGUGUCAUGGAAGAUGCUGUGAUGGUCUACCAACAGAUGCCCUAUUCAGAUAUUGCCUCACGUAAUUGCUUGAUAUCAGGUUAUGCAAGCAAUGGGUUGUUCAAUAAAGCUUUUGGUUUCUUCAUUGAAUCGGGGAAUUUGGGUAUCUGGCCAAACCACUACUCGUAUUCAAUCAUGUUAACUGCUUGUGGAAAUCUCCUAGCAAUCCAAGAAGGGAAACAGUUCCAUGCCCAACUAGUGAAAACACAGUAUUUAUCUAAAACAGCAGUAGCUAAUGCGCUUCUGACAAUGUAUAGCAAGUGUGGGAUGAUGAAAGAGGCUGAAACUUUGUUUCAGAAUAUAUCCCAAAAAAGUCUUGUAUCUUGGUCUGCAAUAAUGUCCGGACUUUUCCAGCACAAGUCUUCAGAGAAGGCCUUGAGCCAAUUCUACUUAAUGAGGGACAAUGGGAUAGAACCAAAUGAGCAUACUUUUACUAUUGCUCUUGCAUCAUGUGGAAGUAUGAAGCAUCUUGAUUGUGGCCGUGCUCUUCAUUGUCAAGUGAUUAAAAGUGGAAUGGUUUCAAGUGUGUUUGUGGGCACUACAGUGAUAGACAUGUAUGCAGAACUUGGAGAAAUGGGUUAUGCAGAAACACAGCUUCAAGAAAUGGGAGGAAUGGCAUCAAACGUUUCAUGGAAUGCACUAGUAGCAGGGUUUGUUCGCAACAAGAAGACCAAGGCGGCCCUAGAGGCUUUCCAUAACAUGGUUAAGGAUGAUACUGCAUGUGAUGAGUUCACCUAUUCAGUUACUUUAACAGCUUGGUCUUUAUUGCCGUCCUUGGCAACUUGCAAGCAGAUCCAUUCUCGGAUAGUGAAAGCCAACUUUGGAGCAAACUUGCAUGUCGGAAGUUCACUAGUAGAAGCUUAUGCCAAGUGUGGUAAUUUAAAGGAUGCCAAGCAGGUUUUCCAUAAGUUAUCGAUGCCUGAUGUGGUUUUGUGGAAUUCAAUGAUUAAAGCUCAUUCACAAUAUGGUCAUCCAAAGAAAUCUAUGUCCUUGUUCACAAAGAUGAUAAAAGAAAAGAUAAAGCCAAAUAGUUCUACUUUCCUUGCAAUUCUUUCUGCUUGUAGUCAUGCCGGAUUAGUUCAAGAAGGCCAAGAGUUCUUUGAAUAUAUGGUGAGAGAGUAUAAUAUCCCACCAGAAGAGACUCACUAUAGCUGCAUGGUUGACUUACUGGGUAGAUCAGGGCAACUGGAGAAAGCUUUGGAUUUCGUAAACAAUUUGCCAAUCAAACCUACUGCUCCAGUUUGGAGACCAUUACUUGCAGCUUGCAGAUGUCAUGGUAAUCUUCAAUUAGCAGAGUUGGUAGGCAAGCAUAUAUUAGCAUUAGACCCAAAAGACGCAACAGUUUAUGUCACCCUUUCCAACAUGUAUGCUGAAGUAGGAAGACAUUUUGAUGCAGAAAGACAGAGAGUUAAUGGAGCUGGAGGAGGUUACAAAGGAACCGGGAUGCAGCUGGAUUGA